GCUUUCAUUUGUCUGGAAUAGGCGAGGCGGGUGCUGUGGGUGUAAAGGUUGAUCUGAUGCUGACUUGAAUCAGCAAAAGCACGGAGUUUCGGGAAGAUCCCCAAAACGUAAGAUCAACCCAGAGGAUUCGUUUGAGGAAGAGUAAAAGAAUAGGAGUGCUGCUUUAGCACAUUUCGGAACUAAUCUCCAGAGAUAGGGAAAGCACGGAUGGACAGAAUACAGUACAAACUUCCCCAGCAGGAACAAAUCGCCCAGAGUUAACAUAGCCGGGUAUUUCCCAGGGACAGUUGCUCCCAGUUUCUUCUCCUGGGAUAGUUCAAGACUGGAUCUUUCAGUCCUGAUAUUUUGUGGAAAAUUAAGUAAAGGGCCGAAGAGUUUAUCGAUUGCCCGAUGAACAAUAUUGCUGGCGGGAGCUUCAGCGAUAUUUUCUGUUCACCCGGAAUACUUUGCUUUGGAGAGGAAUUGUUCAUAUCGAAACUAAAAGUGACAAAGAAAACAAGGAAGAGAAAACGGAGGGAGAACCGGCUGCUUACAGAGUUUAUUUUGAACGGAGCAGUGAACAGGAAAAUGGUGUGAUGUGACCGUUGCUCCUUGUUUGCGCUAACACUGGACACCAGGAGCCGGGAUCUUUCCCAGACUGGGCAGUGGAUUGAGCUGCAAUCGCCCCCUGCAGAUCCCCAGGUUCGGCCCGGCCCAGCCCUGCCCGGGUUCAGCUGAGCUGCCUUUGGGCCGAGAUCCCUGUGACAAUCUCAGCGGUUCUCCAGGUUAACUGGAACUCAAUCUGGGGAAAUGGUUUCAUACUCUACAAUAAGACUCCUUCCUGUCAUCUUAUGCAACAUACCAUCUGCAUUUAAUUUUGUGAUAUUAAAUUGUCAGUCUUCUGUGACUGGAAUAUUUAAUGAAGAUACCAAAUUACCAUGCACAUUGAGUUCAGAUUCAAUUAUCAAUUCAGUACACAUUGAACUUUGGAAAAAGGAAAAAGAUGGAAAAGAAAAAAUUGUGUUUACCUUCACAAAAGGUGUCAGUGAAGUUCAGGGUCGGAUUAAAUUACUUCACCCAAGAUCUCAAGACAUCUCACUGGUGAUCCAGAACACACAGGUGUCAGAUAAUGGGACAUAUCAAUAUUUUUUGGAGACAGCUAUUGGUCACAGAUUUCAUGAGAUUAAAUUGAAUGUCAAAGCUCCAUAUAGUUUGCCAAAAAUGGCCUUACUCCAAAAUAUCACAAGAAGAAUAAGAAGUGCCGACCUUAUUUGUGAAACAACUGGAUAUCCACUCGCUCAGAUUCACUGGUUUGUUUAUGAGAAAAGGAAUCUCACAGCCAGAGCUAAAACUCAUAGUGUUCUGACUCCAGAAGGGCUGUUCAGUGUUACCAGUACACUUCACAUCGAAGCCAUGGAAAAUGCCUUGGAAGGCAAUUAUACGUGUGCUGUGUUCAAUUUGGAAAAAAAUGAUAUUGAGGUGCGGAACCAAUUUCCAAUUCCAAUUAUAGACAUACCUACUACAAAUCAGCAAAGUGAAAGGAGAAAAUCUAAAAUUCUCACAGCUGUGUUUGUUAUUGUUGGAGCACUAGCAACUGGAAUAAUAAUUUUGACAAUUCAUCGAUUCAGGAGGACCAUCUAUUCAGCAGUGAGAAGAGAAUCUGAAAUGCUAAUGAUACCACCUUAAUAUGGAAUUGCUGCUUAGCACUUGGCUGCAGUGGAUAUUUCCUACUUCUACCUUUGACAACUGCACUGAUAUCACAGGCUCACUUAAAAAUAUUUUUAUAACAUUAUAAUUUGAAAUUAGAUUAUGUGAACAAUAGAAGGCUGUUUACUAGCAUUAUUUAAAGCACUGUCACUUUCCAAUGAUUAUGCUUACAAUGUAAUUGUUCAGCAUAGUAAUUCUGAUUUAUCACUGUCACUGUUCUAUGCUUUUUGUUAUUCGUUUAUAAAGAAAUAAUGGUUCACAUUAGUUUUCUGCUAACAUCAGUAAUCGUCGGGCCUUUAAAACAGCAAAGUGCUCGAAACUAGAGAAUUUGACCCUCAAUUCUGGCUGGUGUCGUCUGAAGACGUUUCACUAUUUUACAAGUGUGACAGUUUAUGGAUCAGUGCGUGACAUCACAGUGUCAUGUCCGAGAAGAAGGAGAUUCUUGGUCCUGUGUACUUUGAGAAAUCACAUCCUACUGAUUAAUGGUUACAGAAUUAUCGUGAAAGGUUUGUGCCCUGGACUCAACUUUUCACUUUAUAAAAAGGGAAAGACGUGAAUGUUGGAAACCUGAAACAAAAGAAAGAUUUCCCUUCUUCACAAAGUUAGAAAUGGAUGAUUAUGUUAACACAUGACUUGCUGUUAGUGACAUAAACACAUUUAGAGGGAUAUGGACCAAAUACUGGCAAAUGGGACUAGAUUUAUCUUGGAUGGGUCAGCAUGGACGAUUUGGACUGAGGGGCCUUUUGUGUGCUUUGACUCUAAAUCAGAUUGACAUGUUGAUUUGAUAUUCUGUUCUAAUUGUUUUUGGGUAUUGCACAAGGGAGAUAAAUGUAACUAUGCUUGUUAAGUCAGAUAUAUGCAAAAUUCUUGUUAUUUUAGUGUAUGUACUAAAUGUAAAUAAACUUAAUAUUUUGUAACUAAA